AAGUGAACUUCUUAUCCGAUUCUGAAACCAGAAAAUUAGCUGCAGAAUCUUCAGAUUCUCAGGAAAACCAAGAGAAGGUUUUUGGACAGAAUCUUCAAGAAUUUUUCUCAGAUCUGCCACUGUUCAAAGCAAGAAGGUCCUACGGUUUCAAAUUCAUUUGUAGAGAAAAUAUGAUAAAUGUGAUGAAUCCAAUGAAAGGUGGAUCAGAGAAAGGCUUAGAUCCUCAACUAUGGCAUGCAUGUGCUGGUGGUAUGGUUCGUAUGCCUCCUAUGAACUCCAAAGUGUUCUACUUCCCUCAAGGACACGCAGAAAACGCUUACGACUGUGUCGAUUUCGGAAACCUCCCUAUUCCUCCGAUGGUUUUAUGUCGAGUUUUAGCCAUCAAGUACAUGGCAGAUGCUGAAUCCGACGAGGUUUUCGCCAAACUGAGGCUGAUUCCUCUAAAAGACGACGAGUUCGUUGAUCACGAGUACGUAGACGGCGAAGAUAGCAACGGGUUCGAUAGUAACAGCGAGAAAACUCCUUCUUUCGCCAAGACUCUGACUCAAUCCGACGCUAACAACGGUGGAGGGUUCUCUGUUCCACGAUACUGCGCAGAGACUAUCUUCCCGAGAUUAGAUUACAACGCAGAGCCACCUGUUCAGACCAUUCUUGCAAAGGAUGUUCAUGGAGAUGUGUGGAAGUUUAGACAUAUAUACAGAGGAACACCACGUCGCCAUCUUCUCACGACAGGGUGGAGUAAUUUCGUGAACCAGAAGAAACUUGUGGCGGGAGAUUCGAUUGUUUUCAUGAGAGCUGAGAAUGGAGAUCUUUGUGUAGGGAUUAGAAGGGCUAAGAGAGGAGGGAUCGGUAAUGGACCUGAAUAUUCAGCUGGUUGGAACCCUAUUGGAGGAAGUUGUGGAUACUCUUCUCUUUUGAGAGAAGAUGAAAGCAAUAGCUUGAGGAGAAGUAACUGCUCGCUUGCGGAUAGAAAAGGGAAAGUGACUUCUGAAUCUGUAAUAGAAGCAGCCACUCUGGCUAUUACCGGAAGACCGUUUGAGGUUGUGUAUUAUCCGAGGGCAAGCACGUCGGAGUUUUGUGUCAAGGCGUUAGAUGUUCGAGCUGCGAUGAGGAUUCCUUGGUGCUCUGGUAUGAGGUUUAAAAUGGCUUUUGAGACUGAAGAUUCUUCUCGGAUUAGCUGGUUUAUGGGUACUGUUUCAGCUGUUAAUGUCUCUGAUCCUAUCCGUUGGCCUAACUCUCCUUGGCGUCUUCUACAGGUGGCGUGGGAUGAACCGGAUUUGCUCCAGAACGUGAAGCGGGUUAACCCGUGGUUGGUUGAAUUGGUAUCAAACGUACAUCCGAUUCCUCUCACUUCCUUUUCACCGCCGAGGAAAAAGAUGCGUCUUCCUCAGCAUACGGAUUAUAAUAACCUAAUAAACUCGAUCCCAGUACCUUCAUUCCCAAGCAAUCCACUCAUUAGAUCAAGCCCGUUAAGCUCUGUUCUGGACAAUGUUCCCGUGGGUUUACAGGGAGCCAGGCAUAAUGCUCAUCAAUACUACGGGUUAUCAUCUUCCGAUCUCCACCAUUACUACUUGAAUGGACCUCCUCCUUCUCAUCCUCCUCCUCCUGCUACAUCAUCUCUCCCUCUUUCUCCUCCUCUUGGGUUACGAAACAUAGAUAGCAGAAACGAGAAAGGGUUCUGCUUUUUGACCAUGGGAACAGCACCGUGCAAUGAUACCGAGGCUAAAAAGUCACACAUCGUUUUGUUUGGAAAGCUCAUACUACCCGAGGAGCAGAUAUCAGGGUCGACGGAUACUGCAAACGUAGAGAAGACGCAGAUUUCAUCAGGCGGGUCGAACCAGAACUGUGUUGCGGGAAGGGAACUGUCUUCUUCAGACGAAGGAUCUCCUUGCUCUAAUAAAGUUCAUGAUGCAGGUGGUUUGGAAACAGGGCAUUGUAAAGUGUUUAUGGAGUCAGACGACGUGGGUCGAACCUUGGACCUGUCGGUUCUUGGCUCUUACGAAGAAUUGAAUCGGAAACUAUCUGACAUGUUUGGUAUUCAAAAUUCUGAGAUGUUGAGCUCUGUUCUCUAUAGGGAUGCGUCAGGAGCCAUCAAAUACGCAGGAAACGAACCUUUCAGUGAGUUCUUGAAGACAGCUAGGAGAUUGACGAUUCUGACUGAGCAAGGAAGCGAGAGCGUUGUAAUAUAAGUGGUCUGAAUGUUUUUGUUGGAGCUUGGAAGUCAAAGCUUAAAGCUUGAAGCUCUUUUUUUUUUUUUUUUUUUUUU